ACGACAAGGCAAGAGAGAAAGCCAACCAAGCAACAAUGACUUCAAAUUUGGAGAGUGACCAGGAAGUGGAAACUGGCAGGAAGAUUAUUGCUCCUGUUCGGUACCCCGACUCAGAUACAGAUAUAGAUGAGCCAGUGAGGAGAGUAAAAAAAACGAAAAAAACUGCAUCAUCUGUCACGAAGGAUCAGACCCUCUCAUUGCAGAUGCAAACGAUGCCUUCCUUCACCCCAUCAAUGGAUUCAUUUUCAGCCAGAGACAACCAGAAUAGCCCAAUGUUGCCCACAACAACCAGAAGUGUGGCGGUAACCCCGACCAGGGAUGUGUUACAGAGCAGUGGCAGUGGACAAGGUCGCUCCAUCACCAGCACUCCAAAAAGAACACCAACCACUCAAUAUGAUUCUACCACACCAGCAUAUGCAAGGGCCGUCUUCAUGAGGCUGGACAAGAUUGAACAAUCUCUGGAGACCAUUAAGUCCAUUUUGACCAGAGACAUGAGAUCUGAUGACCCUGAGAUUGAAGACUUUUCAAGACCACUAAAGACUCCAGCAGAACUGGAAGAGCUUUCCGAAAAAUUAAUGGACAGAUCUCACAGAAAGAAAGUGGUAUGUGAAAAUACAAUGUUGCUGUAUUGGUUUGUGUGUGUGUAUGUGUAUGUCCAAAACAACCAACAUUUAUAACGGAUAAACUUGGAAGAAAGAUCGGCCCUGAGCCAAGAAAGAGUUCAUUAACUUUUCAUGCCAAUAAGCUAAAAAAUACAACAAAGACAAACAGAAAUGCGACUAUGAAUGUAAUAUGUUCCUUAGUGGAGGUCUGCACUCUACUGAGCACAUUGUAGUUACUGUAUCUUACUAUCCAUAAGUGUCUGGAAUUUGAGUUGUGUGUGACUGGGCUGGGUUUACAACUACUGGCUUAAUUCAUCAGUAACACCGUGUCCUAAC